GACAUAGACGACUUCAUAAUUGCACUGCCAGUGAAAGAGAUGAACGACCUCUACGUGGCGAUUUGUCGCGGUGAAGAUGACCGUGCGCACAACUUUAUCUGGAUGAUGCGUUGGCAGGAGACGUGCAUGGAGCUGUCUGAGGUAAGCCAAAAUGUGUAUCGUGGCUGGUUACGGGUAAUGAUAUCUAUGUUUGUAUUCGAUAUGAAAAUGUUGAUCACGCGACCGCAAAUUCGGGCACGUCUAAAAUGUAUAAACUCCAACUUGUUGCGGUAUCGCGAGGAGCAAGACGAACAUAUCGAGCGCUUUAUCGCGAUGGAGGCGGACCCUUCCACACCACACGACACCCUCAUGAACCAUUAUAAGGAAGGCCUUGACUUGCAGAAACGCUACAACAUAGUUGCCGAUCUAGCCACAGCUAUGGACAGAGUCGAUAUGCUGGCGGACCAACUCAAGGAUCAAGCUCACUGGACAUGCUCUUGCGAGAAGCGCGCAUACCACCGCUCGCCCCAAUGGCUUCAAGAGCAACCUCUCGACUUGGCACCACAAGCUCUAAGGCCGCGCUGGUUUUGGCCUCCCCGCUAUCAUGGGUGA